AUGGCGACUUUGCUGCCGACGGUGCCGUAUUGGGUGUUUUGUGUGUCUGAACCGGUAUCGCUUGUCGCCGGAUUCGCAAUUGCGAUCUUCCAGCCAGAGCGGUUCGUAGCACUACAACUGCCAAACACCGAAUCGACGGACCUCUCACCGUCCGGGAAGUUGAUAGCAUGGCAGACGGGGAAUCUAUUCGGAAUCAUGGCGAUGAUGGGGAUUGCCAUAUUAUUUGCUACUACGGAGGUAGUAGUGGUUAAACGCUACCUUAUCGCGUUGCUGCUGGGGGAUAUCGGACAUCUGUGA